GCCAAGUGUGCAGAAGUUGCGCCUUCUCUCAUUGGCUGUGCUUUGCAGAUGUUUCAGGUCUUCCAGUUCCAUUGAUGCUCUAUUUUCCACCCGAUUUUCCACCCUUGCGUCUUUGGAUGUGGUGUGGCAGUGUUCAACACUUCUACCUGCCCUGUUUUCCGGUGCUCACCAUUUCCGGUGCUGUUUUCGCUUCCAAAUAGCGGCGGAGCUAUGGAGCGGCCUAGAUUGGGCAAAGCUGCGUCCUUGGGGUCGCUGGGUAGCCUUCCGCAGGCUGGAAAGGUUGUGACAAAGCGAGGAAUCCGGCUGGAGGACCUGUGCAGACCUCGUCUUGGUCGCGGAAGCGUGAAAACCAAUGGCCGUGCUUUUCAUAAGCCUUUCGAGGUUGCCUACCGAGAAAUCGCCGAGCUUAGAAACUUCCGGCGUUUGGAGAAUCUCUUCCUCGAAGCCGAUGCGGACCGUUCGGGGGAAAUGAGUUUGGACGAGUUUCGAAAUGCUCUACGGAAACCAUGGGUGCAAAGGUCCUUCUCCCUGUUGGGCGUGCAGCCACAUCAGGCUGAGGUCGUUUUCAAGAAAAUGAACAGAGCCAAUGCAGAGGAGAUCAGCAUUGCCGAUUUCAUCGGUGGUUUGGAGAGCAUCCUGGGGACCGAUUUGGACGGCCCACCGAGGGACCUGGACGUGUCCUCGUUAAGCUUCCGCCUCAAGGCCAAGAAGAGAGAGCUUGCAGGUGAUGGAGCUGAGAACGGUGAAGCGACCGACACCUUCGGUGCAGGCCAAUCGAUGCCCGAUCUCCACAACCUAGGUUCAAAGGAUCAGAAACACAUCUCCGCAGCGAUGGCCGUCUUGUCCCCAACUUCAAUCGCAAAGAAAGAGAAGAAGGAUCUUCGGCGGCGAGGAUCCAGCAAUACAGUGGAUGGCUACGCUGAUCUGGGUGCUGAAGAGCUUGAGAAUCGAGAGAGGGAAGCAGUCGAUGCCUAUUGCCGGAAGCAUGACAUCAAGGGCCUUGUGGAAGACCUGGUGAGUCGAUAUUUGUUGGACCGACCCAAGGACAUGAGCCCGCAUGAGUACUUUGCGCAGCAGUUAAGGCUGGAAAUGCUCGCGGGAGACGAGGCCCAUCUGGUCGAGGCUGCCACUAAGGUGCCUGGCUAUGCUUUGCGGCAACUUUUUGAGGCGACCAAGAGGAUUACAUCUGAGAUUGUUCCAAAGGAGACUAUUCGGGUGAUCAUCGAGGAAAGUCUCAAGGUCUUGAACUGCGACCGCAUUUCCCUCUUUAUCUACGACAAGCGGAUCGAGAUGUUGGUCUUGAACGCCUCGAACCUGGAACAUCCAAUUCGUGUAAGGCCUGGGCAGGGCAUUGCUGGCAAGGUCUUCAACUCGAAGCAGACUGUGAAUAUCGCAGACUGCUACAAAGAUGCCAGAUUCGACCAAUCCUUCGACAAAGAGACAGGGUAUGUGACUCGGCAUUUGUUGGCUUUCCCCAUCGUUGACAUCGGGGGCAACUGCUUGGGUGUGAUCCAAGCCAUCAACAAAAACGCUGGAGGUCAGGGUUUUGGACCUGCGGACGAGAUUUUGUUGAGCAAUUUGGCGGAGCACGUGUCCGUGGCAGUGCACAAUGCAGAGUUCUAUCGUGCAGCCAUCGUCACCAGCGAACGGGCCAAUGCUUUGCUGCAGAUGAUGCAGUCCUUGACGCAUGAUCUUGGUGCUCAAUCGCUGGUCCUCUCCGUUGCGACUCAUGCUUCAACACUGGUGCGAGCAGACCGGUGCAGCGUGUUUCUGGUGGAUGAGAGGGCUGACGAGUUGAUCUCCAUCGCCAACGAUUCCGGGGUGGAAAUCAGGAUUCCGAAAUCUCAAGGAAUUGCCGGAGAAUGUGCAAGUGAGAACAAAUUGAUCGUAAUCGACGAUGCGUACGAAGACGCCAGAUUCAACCCUGAAUAUGAUGAAAAGACAGGCUAUCGAACGCACAGCAUCAUCGCUGUGCCGGUGCGAAAGCCACCGACGAAGGACAAGGCAUGUGCAGUGAUUCAGAUGAUCAACAAACAGGAAUUUGAUGAUGAGAUUGGGCGAUUCGAUGAUGAGGACGUGCAGAUCCUCGAGACCUAUGCCAUGUUUGUGGCUACCCAACUGGCGCAGUCCGCCCUGUUGAAACCUGCAAACUCGAAGGAGGCGCCGAAUUUCAACGCAAGGCAGGGUAUCCGUGAGGAGGAUGAGGAGUGACCAACUCUCAACUGGGUCUGAUGGAGGAUGGAAAGCCGG